CGUCGCGCGAACAGGUCGUCGGGUUGAGUCGCUCAGAUCUCCAUUUUGUCUGUUUUUCUUGGGAGGUCAGCGCCCACUUUUUAAUGGCUAGCUGCGACUCUCCGCGGCUCACUCAGUGCAACGCAGUUCGCGUGACAGUUAACGGCGAGAUCGAACUGGAGGAUCGAAAGCUCGCGUAAGAAAACACAGCCGGCGUGACCCGUCGACUCGUUUCACCAGGUCACGCAGCGGCAGGAAGUGCCUAACGCCACGAAACCUCGAGUCGGUGCUGCGUCUUUAGGACUGCCGCUUUCGACCAAAACAAUGUUGACAGACGACCUGUGGACACGUACCAGCAAUCGGUCAUUUGAACGAUGGACAAUGGUGGAGUGAAGAAGAUAACAUAUAGACGAGAUGAUCAUCUGAGCAAAUUGGUCUAUACUGAAAGCCCUGAGAAUGGAGGUCUGUUGAAAGUGGCUCCUCACAGUGCCAUGUCCAUCUCUUCCGCCACGUCUCUCCUCCUUCCAUCCAGCCCUUUGAUGCAGCCGGGACAGGUGCCUUACGGCCUCAGCAACAGCCCCCUCCCAGAGGAGCUCACCUCCGCCACUGCCACCGUAGGCCCCUUGUUGGAAGACCAAGAGUCGAGGUGUCUGAGCAGGGACCAGAAGCUUCAUCAGCAGCAGCAGUUACUCCAGACGCAAACCUCCACCUCCUUCGGCCGCCAAACUUUGAGGGAAAAUUUCCCCCAGUUGGAGGCGAGCGUAGCAGACAUCUCACAGUCCUGCAUGGAUUCACUUAUUGGGGGAUCUGAUCCCAAUUUCUUCCACACAAAAACGGAGGAUUUCUCCAUGGAUUUGGGUGAGCAAGACCCCAUUGACCUUGACAAUGCCUUUGGUCACAUUGGGAAAGAUGUGGACAUGAGCCAGAAAUUUUUCACUGACAACACUUUGGAACUGCUCCAAGACUUCGAGCUCACUGGGUCCCCCUCCGACUUUUAUGUAGGGGAUGAUGCCUUCCUGUCAACUCUGGCAGAUGAUUCCCUGCUCGGAGACGUGGGCUCAGAGAGGGACCCGAAGCCUGUCGUGGUCGAGGGCAUCAACAGCGCCGUGUCUCUCAACGGCAGCAGUGUGUCGAGUCCAGAACAGUCUGGUGCUAGCCGAUGCACAUCUGCCUCCCUGAUCCCUACAACCACUGCUCCGUCUGCUCUGGUGAAGAAAGAAAAAGACGUCUGCUUCGUUCAGCUGUGCACCCAAGGCGUGAUCAAACAGGAGAAGACGUCUGCAGGCCAGAGUUAUUGUCAAUUGAGCGGCACCUCCGCUACAGACAUGCCCGGCUCCAGCCCCAUCUCCAUCUGUGGGGUCAGCACUUCCGGGGGACAGAGCUACCACUUCAACCCGGGCAGCAUCAGCAGCGAAGCUCCGCAGCAGACGGAACACACGCCGCUGUCCAGCCUGUAUCUCCCGGUGACUACAAUCGGCAGGGCCUGGAACAGAAACCAAGGCGUCGGGAACAACUCGGCAAUGCUCCGGGCCAAUGAGGCUUUCUCAUGCUCUCAGUCUUAUCCCACCAGCUGUGCUAGUUCCGCCUCCAGACAGGAAGUGGUCACUGCCACCGCCUCAAGCCCGGGGAAGAGCGGGUCUCGUAAAAUCUGCCUGGUGUGUUCUGACGAGGCUUCAGGCUGCCACUACGGCGUUCUCACCUGCGGCAGCUGCAAGGUGUUCUUCAAGAGAGCAGUGGAAGGGCAGCAUAAUUACCUGUGUGCUGGGAGGAACGACUGCAUAAUAGACAAGAUCAGGAGGAAGAACUGCCCGGCCUGCCGCUUCCGCAAGUGUCAGAUGGCAGGCAUGAACCUGGAAGCGCGAAAAACCAAGAAGCUGAACCGCUUAAAGCCAAACAACCCGCCCGAGCUCACUCCCGCUCCGCCGGUCGAGACGCGCUCCCUCCUACCCAAGUGCAUGCCUCAGCUCAUUCCCACCAUGCUGUCCCUGCUGAAGGCCAUCGAGCCGGACACCAUCUACGCCGGCUACGACAGCACCCUGCCCGACACCUCCACCCGCCUCAUGACCACGCUCAACAGGCUGGGCGGCCGGCAGGUCAUCUCUGCGGUCAAGUGGGCCAAGGCUCUGCCGGGUUUUAGGAACCUGCACCUGGACGACCAGAUGACUCUGCUGCAGUGCUCCUGGCUCUUCCUCAUGUCCUUCGGCCUGGGCUGGAGAUCUUACCAGCAGUGCAACGGCCACAUGCUCUGCUUCGCACCAGACCUCGUCAUCAACGACGAGCGGAUGAAGCUGCCCUACAUGGCCGACCAGUGCGAGCAGAUGCUGAAGAUUUCCAGCGAGUUCGUCCGGCUCCAGGUUUCCCACGACGAGUAUUUGUGCAUGAAGGUCCUGCUGCUGCUCAGCACAGUGCCAAAGGACGGCCUGAAGAGCCAGACGGUGUUCGACGAUAUUCGGAUGUCGUACAUCAAGGAGCUGGGAAAAGCCAUCGUGAAGCGCGAGGAGAACUCCAGCCAGAACUGGCAGCGUUUCUAUCAGCUGACCAAGCUGCUGGACUCCAUGCAUGAGAUGGUCGGCGGACUGCUCAGCUUCUGCUUCUACACCUUCGUGAACAAGUCCCUGAGCGUGGAGUUCCCAGAGAUGCUCGCCGAGAUCAUCAGCAACCAGUUACCAAAAUUCAAGGCCGGGAGCGUCAAGCCUCUGCUCUUCCACCAGAGAUGAUUGUGCCCCCGUAAAACUGACACGAUGCCUUAAAAUCCACCCACCUCUCCAAUCCCCCCCGGCCCCAAACCCCCUCUUCUCCUCGACCAUGAAAGGAAGCAGGAUCCGCGGCGAGGGGUGAAUGACGUGUGUGAGCGUGUGUGUGUCAUGGCCGUCGGGUCCGGAGGGAGUCUAGAGAUGUUUAUAACAAGUAGGAAGUGUUUGUGAGAUUAACGAUAAUCACAGAGAGAUAUAGGCCAACAUCCACGUGGUCUCAGGUUUCUUACCUUCAAAUCCAGAACAAAAUCUAAGGUAGAUAAACAGAUAUCUAUGUACAGGUUCUGAUAGCAUUUUCUACAUUUUCAAAUUGUAACGGUUUAUAUAAAUGUCCAGGUUGUCACCCGGGACGCUAACGAAGCUUACUUGAUAUGACGCGCUCUUAAGUAGGCUUUUAGACUGUACGUUGCUCAUUUAGUUUUUAUAGCCGAUUUUAACAAUGUUUUAUCUCAAAUAUAGUAGAGGGGUGUGGGGGUCUUCUGUAAAUCUAAACAGUAUUGUUGAUUUACUGUUGGUCGUGCAUCGUUAAAAGGACGAUUCCUCACACAAGCUUACCUCUUGCAGGUUUUACCCGAGUCGGUCAGAAAAGGGAAAAGAAUGUGCCUUUUUUUGCGUCCCAUCUCAUCAAAGCCAUCUCUUGCUUCCUGUUCAAGGCGUGCUCUCUUAAACCCGCCACGAUAUCCCUUCAUCGUAUGUUGAUUGUACUUUUUAUGUUACAUGCAGUUACAAGUUUUUCCCCUCUUUUUCUUUUGUCCAAUGGCCGUGUUUAUCAGUAGAAGCAGCAGCUCGGCCCAACCUCGAUGUGCAUGCGAUAUCCACACACUCAACUCCUUAAGGGCGAUUAGAGCACUUUGUACCCAACCAACGGCUUUAAAGGACUGUGAAGAAAGACUGCCCAAAAAAAGCCCAAUAAUGGAAUGACAGAACAAUAUGUUAGAUACCUGCGUCUACCAAUCAGAAGAGGGCAUGUUUUGUUGUUUGCAAAGUUAUGUCAUGUUUGAUUCAUCUGGGAGACUCAUUUCUGUUUUUUAGCGUUGCUCAAAUAACCGUUCUUUUGUUAAACUGACCAACAUGCCAUUGUGAUUCUGCCACCGAUAAUCCUUUUACAGUAUGUUCUGCUACAUUCUGCAAUGUGCGUUUAUUUGCUCGGUCGUUUCCUCUUGUUUCACACUCUAUGCUAAGCUAAGCUAACUGGCUCCUGGCUCCAGCUUCCUAUUAAACGUACACUAAUGAGACGUUUUCCUAACUGUCAACGAUCCGUUUCAAUAUGAACGACGUAGAUGAAAGACCGCUUGUGUAUACGGCUUUUUAGAUCGGGCAGAUUCAUUAUCCAGUAAACCUCUCACAGCUGCUGAUAACCUUUGACCCCUCCCGUUCAAGCCUUCUGCUCUUGUAACGCCCAGUAGGCACCUUGUCUUUAAUACAUUUACAUGCCUGUCUGUUAGCUAGUCGAGCCCCAAUGUUGGAAAGAACUCAUCGGCCUCCUCAUGAUGUCACGGACUAGGGAGGCAGGGCAAGUGGACCCUUGUAUUCUCUGAGAACUGUUUCUGUGCCAAACUCCAGUUUUGUCUGUUUCCAGUGAUGCUGAAAGUCUGAUCAGCGAUUGCAUCAGUAGAGGGGAAACUAGUUCACGUAUUGAAGCUCAUGAAUUUGUCAAAUGAUCGGAGCUGCUGUCCGCUGGAUAGAAGUCCUUGUUAAUGAGUGAUAGCUGAGCGCUGUUUGUAACACAGAUGGGUUGUGUGAUCACACGGCAUCGCGUCGGCCCGUCAGCAUCCCUUGUGUGUGUGUGUGUGGAUUUGAAAUGUGCUGCAACAUUUUCAUCAGUCGUCAGCUCAGUUUGUCUUGAUGCAUGUGUCUUAACGCACAAUAUAAUCCAGGUUUGAUAUGAAUGUUAAGCUUAGAGGAACUAAUUCAAUAAAAAUGCUUUUGACAGAUUCAAGCAGUUGAAAGCGGAUGAACUGCCAGUUUAAGAUAAUUGGAUAAACAUGUAAAGUGAGCGAUAACAAAGCACUCAUUUAAAAUGUCAUUGUUUUGUUCUUGGUAAAGUAUCCCAACUUCAAAUACAAAAGCAGUUGUUAUACAUCUUGUAGCGUUUCCCAUGUUUAGGUCAUUAAAAUGGAGUCAUUGAAUGUCUGAUUCUUGCAGUACGUGCUUGUAAAGUCAUUUAAUGUCCUGAUUUAAAGAACCAAAAAAACGGUCAGUUUGGA